AUGACCACUUACCCUACCAAGGGCGACCUCGCCAAAUUUUACAUCGGCAAGGACAUCACCGAUGUACCCAAACCCGCCGCUGUACUCGAUGUAGCCAUUAUCCGCCGCCACUGCGAGCGAAUGAAGCGCACCGUGAAAGAAUUGGACGUCGGCUUCAGAGCUCAUGUAAAAACGCACAAGACGAUCGAACUCGCAGAGAUGCAAGUGGACAAGUCCGCCCCCGAAGCCAAAUUCAUCGCGUCUACUCUUCUUGAAAUUGAAACUUUGGUUCCCCUUCUCCAGGAACUGAAAAAAUCUCAGAAAAUCAACAUUCUCUAUGGAAUUCCGCUCGUUCCAUCUCAUGUCUCCCGUCUCGCGGAGCUGGCCCUUUCCCUCGGCAGAGACAGCAUCUCCGUGAUGAUCGAUCAUCCAGACCAAGUGGGCUUUUUAAAGAAAUUCCUUGAAAUUGCACACUUCCCAGUUUGUGUAUUUGUUAAGGUUGAUACGGGUUACCAUCGCGCGGGGCUGCCACCUGUUUCUCUGAAUAAAAACGGGUUACUUGAGAAACUUGCUGAAGCGGAGAAAAACGGAUACGUUUCCCUGCUAGGACUAUACUCGCAUAGUAGUCUGAGUUAUGGAGCGAAGACAUCCGAAGAGGCGAUGGGGUAUCUGAGUACCGAGAUAAAGGGAUGUAAAGACGCACUGAAUCGAUGGGUGCAUCUUCUACCUAACCGCGAACUAGUUAUUAGUGUUGGUGCUACACCGCAGGUUGUGUCGUCGCACAACCUAGUCCAACCCGGGACAUCUUCAUCCCCAUCUGCAACCGCAACAGAACUAAAGUCUCUACUUAAAAGCGAAGGAAAUGUGAAAAUCGAGCUGCAUGCAGGUAACUACCCCGUUCUGGAUAUGCAGCAGGUUUCUACGCAUGCAAGGGACGGAGCGGGACGACUUGAAGAUGAAAUUGCACUUUCUGUUAUUGCGGAGGUUUGCAGCGUUUAUAAUGAUGGUGAGCGGGAGAAGGCCGAAGCUCUUCUUGCGGCGGGGACUUUGGCGUUGGCGCGGGAGCCUUGUGUUUCUUAUCCUGGGUGGGGGGUGAUUUCUUCUUGGGGACUGGGGGUGGAGGUUGAGAAGGAGAGAUUGAUUAUUGAUCGGAUCAGUCAGGAGCAUGGCAUUGUUGCGUGGGGAUCUGGUGGAGAUAAGAGUAUCCCGUUGAAGGUUGGGCAGUUUGCGAAGGUCUUUCCGAAUCAUGCUUGUGUGACUGGAGCUUUCUAUGGUUGGUAUUUUGUUGUGGAUUCGGAUGUUGAUUCGGGUGCUUCGAAGAUUGUGGACGUUUGGGCUCGGGGGAGAGGAUCUAGUGUUACUGAUCCUUUGUUGGCGACAAGAUAUCAGUAG